AUGGGGACCAGGAAGGUGUGAUGGAGAUCAUGAGAGGGCAGUGGGAUGCAAUAGGGUGAAUGGAGAUCAUGAGGGGAUAGUGAGGACUGAGAUGGGAUGAUGGGAACUGGGAGGGGAGGAUGGGAAUGAGAAGGGUGUGAUGGGUGCAUGUGGGCAAGACAACAGUGACCAGGAGAGGAUGGUGGAGAUCAGAAGGGGACAAGACCAACAAGAAGAUGACAUGAAGUUCCAGGAGGGUGGCUGUGGGACUGGAGGUGGCUGGGAAGGGUUAAUGUGGCCGCCUGCACUGAGCUGGGUCCAGGCCAGGCUCGGGUUUCACCUGUAAUUAGCUCUUGUUUAUUGGAGGCUUCUUGAUAAAUGAUUCUUUGGAGGUUGCCCGAUGACAGAGGGUGACAGUCACCCACCUGAGCCCUGCUAAAGCCUUCACUGACCCCUGGCACCAGGAUUAAAGUUUAAUGUGACUCUGGAGCUGACCCCGGGCAUGCACCUUUCUGGGGCAACGGGGCUGGGGACAGGCUGGUGGCCAUCCCUGGGACGUGGGGCUGGGUACAGGCUGGUGGCCUCGCAGGGCCAGAGGGUUUUGGCACCAAGAGGGGAUUUGCCAUAAGCCUGGUGGUCAGUGCCUACCAAAGCAUUGUGGCCACGGGGCUGUUUCCUGACUCCUUUGAGGUCACCCAAGGGGUUUUUGGAUGAAAUGUCACACCAGGUUGGGUUUGCCCCCCUGGGACCGGCCCUACAGGGUGGGCACAGUGCCACGGUGCAGCCGGUCCGGGCACAUUCCCGGGCAGCGGUGGAGCCGUGUGCCGCUGCCAAGAGCCACCGCGGCGCUCGGGGCGGGCUGAGCUCCUGCCCCUGCCACCCUUGGAGCAGCGGCAGCCUGGGAAGGACAGUGCAGCGAGGGGACCCUGCAGGUGACCCCAAGAUGAAUCUCCUCGCCCAGGUGAGCUCCCUCCUUCGGACCCUGCAAGCCCCGGACUGGCUGUUCCUGCAGCCCUGGCACUGGCUGGGCUCCUGGGUGAGCAGCUCCAGGCAGGCAGUGACUGGGGCAGUGACCACGGCAGGGUUCUUCCUCUGCGAGGGGCUGCUGGGACAACACUUCAACGUGGUCCCCAACGGGGUGGCUGAGCCCCAGCCCGGGGACCUCUUCCUCUUCCCGCUGGCCUCCGGGAGCCCUGGCUGGUGGGGUGCCCACGCUGGCAUCUACUGCGGUGACGGGGAGAUCAUCCACCUGGAAGGCAUCGUGGCCAAGCACGGCAAGAGCCACCUCCUGCGGGCACGGGGCCCAGCCAGGGUGCUGCGGAGGAAGGCAGGGCUGGACGUGGCCGCCCUGCAGCGGCGCGUGCGCGCGGCCAUGGACCAGCCACUGGAGUACGACACCCUCACCUGCAACUGCAUCCACUUCGCCCUCGCCCUGCUGGGGCUGGGCCACCUCGCUGGCGCCAUGGUGUCCCCAGCGCUGCAGUGAUGGAGGUGACAGUGCUCCUGGGGAACAUGUGGGGCUGGAGCAUCCUCCCCUGGGCACCAGAACUGCACCAGUGACUUAUCAAUCCUCCUGUGUGCCAAUAAACAAUUGCAUGGAAACCCUGUGCCAACCCUGUUUGAUUUGU